GUCUUGUUUGAAAUCCAAGUGAAGCAAACUGCCCGUAGCAUCAGCUGCCUUUAUUGCGCAUUUAUAACAGCCUGGUUUCUUGCCGUGGAAGCUGAAGCCUGAAUCAUCCACUUCGCGCGCAAGUGUGGUCUGGCUCUCUCCCGGCUGCUCGGUGUGAGAGGAGGGACGCGGAGCACCGGGCGGCCUCGACCCAGUGCGUGUGGAUGCGACUGACUGACAGACGGACGCAGGUGGACACCGCCGCCCGACCUGCUGGUGGCCGCAACAACUGGCCAGCUGCCGCCGAUACUGCCUCUCCAGCUCGGUCCCCGCGCUGUCAGCGCGCAGACAACUUCAGAAGGGAAGGUGCCGACUGCGAGAAGUUUCUCUGGAGGGUUUUAUUUCGAAAGAGGAAACCACCUAUCUUACUCCUUCGAGCGGCACGAUAAUGAGAGAGAUAUGGCAACGCUCCGCUGAGACUGGAGAGAUCUGUUGCACUGAGUGCUCCCGGCUGAGCUUUACACCUCCGGUAGUCCUACGUGACUUGUGCCUUUAAUCAUUGCUGCUUCUACAGUGAUCACUUUGUGUUUACAGAGGGAGGUUCCCCAGCUUCUUCUCAAGUCCCGUGAGCGACAAGGCUAUCGCUUCCUUCAAGUUCGCUGUCCCUUUCUUUCCCUGCAGGCCAAGGGGUUGCAGGAGGGAAGGCUCUUGCUAGAAGCUGGGCAUUUCAUGAACGGACAAUAUGGACACCUCCUUUCAGAUAAUAACUUGGAAGGAAUAAAAGGGAGACGGGCCUUGAACCCUUUCGUUUUUGCCUGGAAGGUUUUUUAAUCUGCGUCUGCUGCCACAGUUGGAUGUUUCUGGACAUUCUUCCGACACGGCCUGAGGAAUGCCUGCCAAGACACCGAUCUAUCUGAAAACAACCAGCAACAAGAGAGGCAAGAAGUUUAAGCUAAGGGAUAUUUUGUCCCCUGACAUGAUUAGCCCCCCACUUGGAGACUUCCGACACACCAUUCACAUUGGCAAAGGAGGGGAGCAUGAUGUGUUUGGAGACAUUUCCUUCCUUCAAGGCAAGUAUGAUCUCUUGCCUGGAAAUCAGGGCAAAUCAAAGUUUGGCCAGUAUGGCGGCCACAGUGAAUUCUUCCGAGCAAACAGCACACCAAACCCUACUUUCCCUGACGCGUCCUCACCGGUGCUGAAGAACGCCAUCUCGCUGCCCAGCAUUGGGGGCUCCCAAGCCCUCAACCUACCUCUCCUACCCUCCGUGACCUUCGUACCAAAGCGAGAUUACUCCGCCCCUCCCAAGCCACCGCGUCUCCACUCGGACACUGAGCAGGAGGUGCCAGACGAUGGCGGGCAAUGGGAAAACGGGUACAAUUGCAUGGAAGGAACUGAGGUGAGAAAGAACACAGCAGUCUGGCAGAAUGGUGAACUGCACAUCAGUAACACAUGUAACUUUAUUGGGAAACCUGUGGACCGUAAAACCAUGGAAGAAGAUUCCACUCCCUAUCCCGGGCAAAAUGGAGUGAGUAAAACAACCAAUUCGUCAGAAGACUCCCUCCUCAACCUCACCAGCUCCUUCCUUUCACUUCAGCUGGAUCUGGGGCCUUCCAUAUUGGAUGAUGUCCUCAACGUCAUGGACAAAAAGCCCCAGCUGGAGUUCAAGUAAUGUGCAUGCACUCAACAAACUUGACAGCAGUGAGGUUGGACCUCUUUCACACUAUGCUAGGAUCUACGCAUCCACUGGUCUGCAUGCUGAACUGGAAGCAGGCUCUUGGUCCGUUCUUGGGAAUGUUUGAUGAAUCGCCCUCCAGAAUUCCUCCUGAAUGAUGCUGGUGUUGGUAAUCAUUCAAUUCUAACUCGCUGAGGACACCAAGGACCACUGCAGUGCCAAAUAGCUCUGCGGUGCAGCAGUUUCAGAUGAACAUUGACAAUGGCUGUGUUGAGUUUGCGAACCAGAGCAAAGCAUUCUUGUGCGAUUAAGUACGUGAGCAUAGAUCGAUGUUAUCCUUUCCUCAUCAGGCGACUAUACAAAAUGAGGAUUUUCUUCUUAGUUGUAGUGGAAGUUUGUGAGAAUCAUUUUGUUUCUGGUUAUCUAUUGUUUAGGUACGUAAAGCAUUUUUUUUUGGCAAAAUAUAUUACUUAAAUAUACAUGUUGCUUGAAAUGAGUGCAGCGUCUGCCACAAUAAAGAGAUAAGUACAGGA